AUGGCUGAGCUUUCUGUCAACCUCCUGGGCUUGAGACUGGUGUUUUCUUCCAUUGGUCUUAUGGGUAACACAAUUCUCAUCGCUUCCAUCAUUAAGAUUAAUUUCUUCCACAUUAAAUCUUUUGAGAUAUUUCUCUUCGGACUCGCUGCAGCCAACUUGUGGGAGAUUGUCAUCAUAAAUUUCUAUGACAUAAUCAUCCUUCAGUCUCCCUCCACCGCCACGGGCACUUGGUCGUGUUAUUUACUGGAGUUCAUAACUGUUAUUGGUGAAAUUAACAGCAUCUUCUUCACUGUCCUCAUCUGUAUCUAUCGCUACCAGAAGCUGAGAGAUGUAAACACGAGGGUCAACUUCCCACUCUUCCUGGAUAAUAUCAGAUCAGCCUGGACGGUGAGCGGCAUUUCUGUGAUGCUCUCCGUGCUGCUCAGUGUUCCGAUGUUUGUCAUCGACCAGGAGAGCAAAGCGGAAAACGCCACAAGAAACAGCAGCAUGUGCCCUCCAGACUUCUUUCACUGCACUCAAAAUCAUUGUCCAGUGUUCAACCGCAUAUACAAAUACCUGUUCAUCGUCUCGUGUCACCUGCUGCCUCUGAUUAUCGUCACAGUCACCAGCUGCCUCAUCCUCACAGUGCUGCUGAGCCAAAGGAAGACAGUGACACCAGCGGUUAACGAGACUGGGUCAAGUCAGUUCAGCAGGAAGAGUAAAGAUACAAAGAUCCAGUGGAGCACGAUAGCUGUACUGGGAGCCAUGGGAUUGUUCCAGGUGGACUGGACUACCUACCUGAUUUUUCAGUUGGCUUUUAACCCAUAUGAAUUCCCUUUCUGGUCUGAAGCUCAGUUCUUUAUCACAAUAUCUUAUACAUCCAUCUCUCCAUACAUGUACAUGAUAGGGCAUAACAUGAUCCCUCCCCACAGCUGUAAAAAAGGAUAA